AUGACCACCGAGCCCUCGGGAAAAGCCAGCGUCCCCACACAUGGUGACCGCAGGUCUUCAGGGAGCCCAGCAGCGGGGGCCCAGAGUCAGGCCUCCCUCCCUGCAGGUGUCCCAGCGGCCGGCGCCACAGUGUCCACGGCACAGCAGGAUGUAAGCCAGGCCUCCACCGGGGCGGCCGCCUCCAGGCCCGCGUCAGCGUCUGGGGCCGAGGGCCAGCUUGAAGAUGAAGCUGCAGCUGGGCACGGGCAGCAGCCCGAGGCGGCCACGGGCCGGCCGGCCUUCCUGGUUCCAGACUCCCCGAAAAUAUCUGUGAGCCUCCAGAACCCAGUGCGGGACGGGCCAGCGCAAGAUUGGCAGGUGACACAGAGCCCUCGGGUUUCCCAAAGUGAGCCCCUGGGUGAGAAAAUGACACCACAGGCGAGUGUCCCAGGCAGGGAGGAAGACUUGGGUCCACCCACCCCUAGUGCUCAGGUACGGUUCCCCCAAAGCGUUCCCGCCGUGAGCACUGCAGAGGCAGACAGCCAGCCUGACGCUCAGGCCACCGGCACCGUGACAGCUGCUGAGAAACCUGAGGGUCCGGGGGCCUUGAGCCCUGACACUGAAGCGUCGCCAUCAGCUGAGCCCCAGGCAGUGACCAAGGGGCAUCCAGUGGACCGCUCAGGAGUCCCACAGGCUCUGCCGGUCCCUCCCGGCCCAGGAGGCAGUGCCCAAACCUUGCCUGGGGCCCCCACGGUGGCCCCGGAGGGGAGGCCCCUGGACUCCAGCCUGUACGGGGCCGUGGAGGAGAACCCUUACAUGCGCUUCGUGACCACCUUGCUGGCCGCGGGCGAGGUGUCCAUCGGCUUCCUGACAGACUUCCUGGUCUGGUCUGAGACCACCACGGACGUGGCCAUGGGCCCCCUGAUAACCAGACGCAGCUCUGCGACCAACGUGCUGUACGGCCGGGGACCCAGACUGCACUUGGACUCCGGCCCCCUGCAGAGCGCCAACGCAGCCUUCUCCUGGCUGCGCGCGGGCAGGGACUUGGUGCUGCGCUCCGUCACCCACUUGCUGGAGAGGGUGGAGCAGAGGACAGCAGAGGGCAUCUGCUCGGCCAUGUGCUACCUGACCAGCCACCUCUCCCGGCACCACUCUGACCUCUAG